CAGCGCUGCUCCCACGGAUGUCAAAGCUACAAGCAUGUCUGUGUCAGAGAUUCUUGUCACAUGGAAACACAUGACAGAGAGCCUGGGAAGACCACAGGGAUUUGAGGUUGGCUACUGGAAAGACAUGGAACAAGAAGACACAGCAGAAACAGUCAAGACCCGGGGCAAUGAGUCCUUCGUCAUCCUGACAGGAUUAGAGGGCAAUACUUUGUACCACUUCACAGUGAGGGCUUACAAUGGAGCUGGUUAUGGGCCACCCAGCAGUGAAGCGAGUGCGACCACCAAGAAAUCCCCCCCCAGUCAAGCACCUAGCAACCUCAGGUGGGAGCAGCAAGGCUCGCAGGUAUCGCUGGGCUGGGAGCCUGUGAAACCAUUAGCCAAUGAGUCUGAAGUCAUGGGUUACAAGGUUUUUUAUAGGCAAGAAGGUCACAGCAACAGUGAAGUCAUUGAAACUCAGAAGCCCCAGGCAGUAGUGCCACUCCCGGAUGCUGGAGUUUAUAUUAUUGAAGUCCUGGCAUACAGUGAAGGAGGAGAUGGAGCACCUAGCUCCCAAAUCAGGGUACCUUCAUAUUCAGGUGGGAAAAUCACAAGCGCUCAGUCAGCCCUGCAUCCCGUCUCCACAUCAUCGGUGACCUUGAUCUUGGCCCUGAUGAUUCCUUCAGCCUCCUGGUGAAAGUUGCGGACUUAAUUUGCUUUUCUUUGCUUUCGUUUGAGAAGAGCAGUGAAUGAGAGAGUCAUGUAAG